AUGUUUUGAUGAAUCCAGUGUCGCUCAGGUAUUUUUGACAUGCACUCUGUUGUUACUGAAGUUUUCUCUCCUCGUCUUCAGAAUCUGAAGUUCUUCAUCACCCCUCCGGCGGCGAAGUGGUCUCAGCUGUCUGAGGUCCUCAGCUGGCAGUUCUCCUCCGUCACCAAGCGAGGCCUGAACCAGGAGCAGCUCAACAUGCUGGCUGACAAACUGCUCGGAGCGAAAGCCCAGAGGAACCCGGAGGGGCAGAUCCCCUGGAUCAAGUUCUGCAAG